AUGGUAUGGCCCUCAGAAGCCGCUUGCAUCAUCCUUAAUAAGGAUAGGGGUUCGGACGCGCUUUUGCUCGAACAGCCACCACAGAGUCAUACUAUUCCAACUCUCGGGCUAGACGUUGUGGCGGAACACUCUGAGAGAACCCCCACUACCGCCGAAACCCCGUCUUCAGUGAAGGCCUCGGACUUUGACGGAAGCUUCAGCACAUUAACGCCUUUCACAUCUGCUGAAGUGCCGAAAUUUCGGGAAACUCCACAACAAUUCUUCGAUAUUGUCCACUCCUCUGAAGUCGAACGCAGCAAUGGAGCAGUCUCACCGAAGCUAUCAGAUUCUCCCCGUCCCACCUCGCCCGACUGCACCACAUCUUCCCGGAGAACAUCCAGCUGCCUCGCAGUUGAGAAAAACGUGCAGGAUUAUGAGCAUCUCGCGGAGCCAGAACAGCUUCAAGCCCAUUUAAGCUAUCAAGAGUUGCUCAGCAAGAGUCUUCGUCUUCAACUGCUCGAGAGGGAAGAUGAAGUAGCCACACUGCACAAAGAACUACAGGCGCUGCAGAGGGAGCGUGCUAUGUACGAGGCUGAGCAAGAUGCAACUGCUGAACAGUUGCAGAUCAUGCAGAAAGAGCUCAUGGAAAAAGGCAGUCAACUCACCGAAGAGAAACAGAGAACGGCAGCGGCUGUUCAUCAGUUGCAUUUGUGGCGCGACAGUAUUCAAUCCGGCCCUGAGCAGCUCAUUGCCCAGCGUGACCAAGCCCUCCAGGAAGCACGAAAUCAAUAUCGACAAGCCCAGAACUCGUGCGCCACUGCUAAUGCCGCUAUGACCGAGAGAGAGAACAUGGUCCAAUAUUUGGCACACAUGGACGCGGUGGCCACUUCGAAUAACAAACUGCACGAGACCGAGGUUAUGGAGCUGCGCGCUAGAUUGGAACAUGCUGCAGAGGCGCUUAACGGGCAACAGCAGCAAGUCAACCACCUUGUUAGCGAAAAAGACGCGGCUGAGGCUCGUGUUCGGGAACUGGAGGUUCGAGUCGAAUAUCUGGUCGCUGAUGUUACAACGAAAUGGCUUGAGGAUCCUCCUUGGGAGCAGGAACAGGUGAACUCCUACACAGUGAAGCCGGACGAGCUUCGUGACCUUCGUCAAGCCUUCGAAAUAUCGCAGACAAGACUGGCUGCAUCCGCCGACACAAACGAAGAGUUGCACUCAGCGGCUAAUAAACGGGAAAAAGAGCUAUCCGAACUCCGCGAGAAGAAUGAGCUGCUAGCGGACAAAGCAGCCAGACUCUCAUCCACUUUCAAUAUCUGGAAAGACAAGCUGGAUAACUGGAUGCAGACGAUCCCCGGAAUUGUCAACAUGAGAGAAGACGUGAACGAGAUCCCUGGCCUGAAAGAGCUUCUUGAAUCUUCUGUCUACCACGAGCAGCGUUUGGCCGCAGAGCUAGAGGGAAUGGCCGCCCGAAUUUCUGAACUCGAAGGUGCAAAUCUAAAGUUGCGGCAAUCUCACCGUAAGGAAGUUGAGGCACUGGAAGAACGAGCAAGCAAACUCCAGGAGGACACCGUUCGCCUAGAUGCCCUAAACUUCGAGGUCAGCGACAAGCUUGAUGAGGAGCAGCGCGAGAGCGGGCAGCUGAGGCAGCGUCUUACGGAAACCGAGGAGGACUUAGAGGCAUGGCGAGCACAAUGUGAGACGCAGGCCUUCGGGGACAGUGCUACGGUUAUUCGUGAGCACCAUGAGCAAAAUCUCAAGACGGCCUCCGACAUCAAUUCAGCUCUUCACCACCAACUGGCCCGAUACCACACCGCAAAAGAAGUCGCGGAACAGGGGUUAGAUGACAUGAAAGGCUGGCUCACAGAAGAGCUCGCAGGAGUUUCUGAACUAGGUGCGCAGCGUGACUGGUACCAAGCGCAGGUUGACGCCUUGCGACAACGAUUCCAGCACGAGCUGUUGGUUGAGCCUUUGGAGAUCGCUUACCGGCCAGCAUUCGCGGAUCUGUCGUCAGAGGAAAGAGCGGCUAUGAUAGCUGCGGAAGACAAGGUGAUCGGGCGUGUCACCACCAUGGCCCCACUUCGCUCAUGGGCUGAGCCCAGGGAUAUCGAGAUUCCUGACUUGUGGGCCCAGCUUUUGAGAUGGGUGAAGGAAGGAGACGAUGUUGAUGCCAAAGCACGGGAAACAUAG